AUGGCGCCCUCGUUAGAAGAGCCCGAGCCCGUCCAAGACGUCCUCGAUAACCCUCUAAAGGAGCGCCCCCAGCUCGUCGCCCCCGAACCCGAGCACUGCCCAGGCCCCGAGUCUCAAGACGCAGGCAAGGCCGACUCCUGCGCGGGUUGUCCGAACCAAGCGAUAUGCGCCUCAGCGCCCAAGGGCCCCGAUCCGGAUAUACCGCUGAUUUCGGAACGCCUGUCUGGAGUCAAGCAUAAGAUACUGGUGCUGUCAGGCAAGGGCGGCGUAGGAAAAAGCACCUUCACGAGCCUGUUGGCACACGCCUUCGCUACCAACGAGGACAUGACUAUAGGCAUCAUGGACACAGACAUAUGCGGACCUAGCAUACCCAAAAUGAUGGGCGUCGAGUCGGAGACCAUACACAUCAGUAGCACAGGCUGGUCGCCCGUCUGGGUUGCAGACAACUUGGGCGUAAUGAGCAUACAAUUCAUGCUACCUAAUCGCGACGACGCGGUAAUAUGGCGUGGUCCUAAAAAGAAUGGUCUGAUCAAGCAGUUCCUCAAAGAGGUCGAAUGGGGCAACAUGGACUUCCUACUGGUUGACACACCACCGGGUACGAGCGAUGAGCAUCUGAGUGUCAACAGUUUUCUGAAAGAAAGCGGCAUAGACGGUGCUGUUAUGGUCACCACCCCGCAGGAAGUGGCUCUACUAGAUGUACGAAAGGAGAUCGAUUUCUGCAAAAAGGCGGGGAUACGAGUGUUAGGACUAGUAGAGAAUAUGAGCGGCUUCGUGUGCCCCAAGUGCACGCAUGAGAGCCAGAUCUUCAAGGCUACUACGGGGGGCGGCGCGGCUUUAGCAAAAGAGAUGGGUAUCCCAUUCUUAGGCGAGGUACCGCUAGACCCGAGAAUAGGCAUGGCAUGCGACUACGGUGAGAGUUUCUUCGAUGCUUAUCCCGAUAGCCCGGCAUGUAAAGCACUCAAAGGCGUCGUUAGAGGUGUUGCGCAGGAGAUAGGUCUCAAAGCGCACGAAGUAUUGCCUGAUGACUGA